ACCCGGCAAGCCGUCAAGCUCCCGGCCACUCUGCGUGAUGGUUAUUCCCGGAUAGUACAUAAGGUACUGUACGUUUGAGCCAUCGACGCUGAUUGAGGCUGGACUUUGAUGAAGGAUGCAGGCCGCCAGUUGUCUUCAAUGCCUCGCCAGGACAACCGUCAUUUUCAGACAAAUCCACACCCAAGCUCGUUCCUUAAGGCGAGCCCGGCUUGGCAAUGUCCCGAGUAGUAUAUCUCCGAGAAGGAGCCCCGUGCCCGUCCGUAGCCAAUGCUUGUUGUCACGGCAAGCUGCGACCGGGUCACAGCGUCGUUGCACAGGGCCCUGCAACUAUGAGGCAAUGUGAAAACUUCAUCAAGGCCAACAGGUUGUCCAGAGUCCCUCCCACAAGGGAGAACGCUUGGGCCACAUCUUGUGGUAACCACAAUCAGGAUCUGACAUGGACCCGAUCAAAUCUGAUUGCCGCUUUGGGUGGCCCGGGCUCCCGCCGUCCAUGUCAAUCACCAUCGCAACGCGAUGUCACCUCCAUUGGGCAAGCUCGAGAAAUUUGUUUCACCAGACCGCAGAGGGCAAGCUUGGGUGGGCCAAAACCACAGGAACAAGGGAAAGCAGCUGUUCAACUUCGGGCGCUUCCAAAGUUCCAGAGCCUCUUGAUGAAUGAGACGCCGCCAUGCAUCAUACACGUGCUGGCCCUCCGGUGCUCAUUCAAUAAGUCAAGAUUGGAUAUAUCGCCAAGAAAGGCAGCCUACCGUGGGGUGCAAUCUGUUGUCUCGUGUCUCGCUCGACCCCCCUAAUUUCACCCACCCUGCUUUCUAUUUCUCACCUAACUAACCACUUUCGGUUUGAGGCCCCACGCCACCGUCAAGUUACCAACAUCCU